AUGUCAAACAAGAAAGGAAAGGACUAUAAGAAGGUAUUAGAAAUUUUAGUAUCUAAUAAUGUGAAGUGAACGUAUGCUAAUCUAAUAAAGGUAAAGCAGUUCCUUUUAAAUCACAUAUAAAUGUUUAAUUCUCACUGAGGCAAUCUCGAUGUCACGCCUCACUUAUACGCAUCUCUCGUUGUCGUUUCAACAGGUUUUGAGGACUCUCAUUGACUUGCUGCCGAAGUGAACCAGCCGUCCAACGGGUUACCCUUGAUUUUGAGAAGGCCUUGUGGCUUGCGUUUAGAUCAAUCCUGCCUGCAGUAAAGAUACAAGGCUGUGUCUUUCACUGGACACAAGCAGUGUGGAGAAAGGUUAGUAAAAGAAAACAAAUGAAAUAGUAUAGAUUACAAAUGCAAGGGGACUAACGACAAGUAGGCUUAGUACACAAUUUAAAAUGACUUACCAAAUUGACGCCUAUUGUCACAUGAAUCUACUCGUUUGUUACGUGUGGGCUGUCCGAGUAACAAUUUAAAAUGACUCACCAAAACUGACGCGUAUUAUUACAUGAAUCUACUCGCUUGUGACUAUGCCUAAAUUAAUAAGCGAUGUUAAUUUGUUCUUCUUAAAAGGUACAAGAGCUAGGACUUCAAUCGGCGUACUCCAGAGACGACAGUGUAUUCAGAUACAUCAAGAAGCUGAUGGCCCUUCCCUUCCUGCCAGUUCACGAGAUCGCACCGAUGUUCGUUCGACUGAGUGUACAGACCCAAGCACAGCCCAUUAUGGAUCUCGUCGAUUACAUGAAACGCCAGUGGAUCGAAAACCCCGCCUUCACGCCAAAGGACUGGAGCGUCUACAAACAACCAGUUCGUACCAACAACGACAUAGAAGGUUGGCAUAACGCCCUAAAUCGCAGAGCUGGUGGGCAAUGCAACCUGCCUUUAUAUUAUCUCAUCGAGCUACUGGACAGGGAGGCGGAGCUCACAGCUCUCACCAUUAGGCUGGUCUCCGAGAGGAAAUUGAAGCGCAUGCAGCGUAAAACUUACAGACAUCUACAAGCCAAGUUGUUUGAAUACUGGGAGCAGUAUGACAACCGACAGAAGACCGCCUCGCAGCUCCUCAAGGUCUGUUCACAUCUAAACGGCCCAGCACGUUAA